AAAGGCAAAAAAAAAAAGAAAAGAAAGAGAGAGAGAGAGAAGAGGGGAAGAGAGGAUCAUCACUCACCCACUCACUCAGCCGGCGCAAGUUAGCACCCACCCCUACCAAAAUUCUUCCUUUCCUGCCCAGAAAUUUCUGAGUUGUGGAUUCAUUUUACUCUCCCUACUCGCUGGCUAGAGCCUCUCUCUCUCUCUCUCUCUCUCUCUCUCUGUUUGUAUCUUGCCGGUUGAUUCAUUGAUGAGCAGAGCAGAAUAAUUCAUUCGGCCGAUCGCUUGUGGGCGUCUUAGCUGAAUUUCACUUGCAAGGUGCUUUAGGGUUGGGUUGGGAUUUUGUUCGUGUCGAGCUUUUGGUUAUGGUGAGGCCCCCGAGGAGUUCUUUCCCCGAGGAGGACUUGGAAGAAGAAGAAGAAGAAGAAGAAGAAGAAGAAGAAGAAGAGCCCUACUAUGGGGAAGACUUCACUCCCUGCCACGAUUCAUCUUCCCGCAAAGGGGAGGCAGGGAAGGUCGAUGGGAAGAAGGGGAGCACGAAUACGCCGCGGUCAAAGCAUUCCGAGACCGAGCAGCGGCGGAGGAGCAAGAUCAAUGAGAGGUUUCAGGUCCUAAGAGAUCUUAUACCCCAAAAUGAUCAAAAAAGAGACAAGGCCUCAUUCUUGUUAGAGGUUAUAGAGUACAUUCAUUUUUUACAGGAGAAGUUACAAAUGUACGAGGGACCCUACCAUGGAUAUAACCAAGAACGAACUAAACUGACACCAUGGAGAAACAACAGUGGGAAUGUAGACAGUCAUGUUGAAGCUGCUCAAGUCAUGAGAAAUGGUACAAAUCACGAGAACAAUGUCAUGGUGAAUCCGGGGAUGCGAACAGCUACGCAAAAUUCUUUGGAACCUGAUAUUGAGAAUGCAACAGUACCUAUGCAGAUGCAGUCAAACAUGUUUGCUUCAGUUGAAAGGGGUGGUGUAUCCGGACUUGCAUUACAACCCCUUCCUAGUAUUGGGAACAUGACUUCCCAUCCUCAGCCUCAAUUGUGGCCGAGCACGCCAUUUGCAGCUGAGCGUGUCAUGCCUAACAAUUCACUAAAUGAAGACGAGCAGUUACACAUCGAAAAUGGACCUGAGAGCCUCUCAAGUGCCUAUUCCCAGGGGUUAUUGAAUAUGCUGACCCAAGCGCUGCAAAAUUCUGGGAUGGACUUGUCGCAGGCCAGCAUUUCCGUGCAAAUUGAUGUAGGGAAACGAGCAGAUGUAGCGGCAGCUGGUACCUCCACCGGUUCACAGGUCUAAUGCAAUUUAUCAGCUUUCAUUGCACGUUUUUGUACGAUCAUGAAAAUCACCAACCGGGUAGUGAAGCAGCUGUGCAUGGUGGAGAUAGAAGCAAUGGCGAGGAAUGGGAUGAUCAGCCUCAUAAGAAGCUGAGAACACAAAGCUAGUUCCGCAUUGGUCUCUUUUCCUCUCUUACCAAUUCAUUCACAAUUUUUUGUUUGGGAGUAGUCUGCGGAAAGAAAGAGCGUGAAGCAGCCACCAGAGUGAUAAGAGCCGAAUUAAAUUUUGUACAUGUUCGUUGAUCUGUGAUUUGAUUGGGUAAAUUUUGCGAAAUUUCACAAUGGAAAAUCCAAAAUUAAUGUGAGAUUCUCGUCUUGAACAUCCUUAUUUAACUCGUUCCGCGUGUAAUGCAACAUAGAUGGGCAGAGAAGACUUUGGUUAGAUGGGCAA